UUCAUUUUUACCUGUUAGUUUGUUACAGAGCAGAUGGAUUUGAUGUGCCUGGAACAUUGGAUUGUUUUGAUUUAUACACUCGAAAAUAUCAAAUCAGGUGUCAUGUCAGAAUCAGUAACAUGGGAACGUGAGCCAGGUAUAAUGAGAAUCAGCGAACCAGUUACUUUGAUAUGUACCGUCCAUGGUGUACAGACUAUUGACCAGAAUCUGACGCGCCAAUGGUCAAAAGGGACCGAAUCAAUCGUAUACAAUGGCCAUUUGGAUAAACCUUCAGAAUAUAAGGAGAUAUUAACCACACAUAACCAGUUUGGGCUAUUGGUCAAAAACCUCACAGAGUCAGAUUUGACAUCCAAUUAUCAAUGCCGGUAUAACUUCGACACUGUAUCGAAAAAGUUACAAAUAAAUGCAGAGAACUUCGAAUAUAUUCCCACUGUUGAAACAACAAAUAUUGUGUAUAACACUUCUAGCAGUGGCCAAACAUAUAUUCAUCUUCAUUUUGCAAAAGUUUUUCCAUUGCCAAAUUGUAAUUUAGCUUUAGAGAAUGAACAUUACCAAUGCACCAAUUCCUCCAUAGUUAAACAUAGCGUUUAUUACGAGGUCUUCUUGAACUGUGAAGUUAACCACUGUAACAUAAAACCGCAGAUACGUUGUCAUUUGAUUAAAGAAUAUCCGAUACCAUUGACGACGUUUCAAGCUUGUAAAGAAAAUAAUCACAUGAUGAAAACCAUAUUGAUAGCAAGUAUAAUUCCAACGGGCUGCCUAUUUGUUAUUAUUGCUAUUGUGAUAGUGAUUUGCUAUAAAAGAAAAUCAAAGUCUGCGGGAGCUGAGGUAGCUGGAGAAAAAAUGCUUAGAACUGAGGCACGAGAUUCUGAGCAGUCAUAAUAACAAUUAUGUCAGAUGCGGUAUGCUCAGUUGUAUAUGAAGGAUGAAGAUUAGAACUUGCUGUCUGGAUCAAACUUUAUUUGAAAUAGCUCAUCAGCAUUUAGAUUAAAAGAAAGAUUUUACACGGUGAAAAUGGCAGCUUGGGGGGGGGG